AUUCACACAGCUGUUUAUUACUGAUAACCGAAAGAAAAAUUCAAGUUUAACAAAUAAAAGGUUGUAUCUGAAAUUUGAAAAUAACCGUAUUUAUAAAAAAAAAAACUUUUCAAUAUGACUGACCAAAGUAAAAAAGAUCCAGUUAGAGUAACGCUCAGAGCGUUAAUCGAUAAAUCUGGUGCUAAAUUCUCCACGGAAGAUGUUUUACGCGAAUUUCGAAUAAAAAAGGAAAAGCAUUCAAACAAGCAGCUCUUGAAAAUACUCGAGAUAAUUUCAAAACAUCAGCCAAACGCAAGGGAUCAUCUGCUGGAAGCUGAAAAAAAUUUAGAAAAAAAGGAUCCUUUGUACUGUUUGUUACAGUUUCUCAACCAUUAUUCCAAGAUGAACAUAAUGCACGUUGUUAAGAAAAAGGAAAUUGCAGCAUCCACACCAUUACUCAGUUCCACCAAAAUAUUCGAAACAGUUACACCCGAAAAUGUAUCUGAUAUUAAGGAACGAAUAGUUCAAGCUGCAUGCAGUGGAAUAAGUAAAGCAGCCCAAAAUACCUCAAUAGGAAAUGUACCUGCUCUUUUGAAUAACACAAAUCAGUUCCCAACCUCUGACCAAAAUCGGACAAAUGCUCUUUGGGAUUUUCAUAAAAUCGAUAUAAUGUGUUUUCAACAGAGCAACAUUACUGCCAUUCCAAUUUCAAGUCAGGAAAGUCUUCUCCUUUUCGACUUGGUGUACUGUCUGACUGGAAUGCGUGGAUCAUACAUUACACCAGAGGAAAACAAAAAUAACGAAUAUAGCCUCAAAUUUAAUAUUUCCGAUCAAAUUCAUAGUUCAUUGAGAGAUAUUGCACAGGAAAUUCUUCCAUUGGCAUCACAUUACACAUGUGUGCAGAAGUUUAUUCAAAAAGCUAGUUACUCAAAUUGUGGACAGGUGUUGCAGGCGUUAAGUGCAGCUUUGAGGGAUUUACUGCAUGAUUAUUACCUUCUUUUGGCACAGCUGGAGUCCGAACUAAUGGCUGAAAAUCUUACUUUACAUAAAAUGUUAUUUUAUGUUCGCCCUACACUCAACACUAUGGAGGUUUUAGCGGGCGCUGUUUCAGAUAUUUUUUGCCAUGAUCUCCGUGGAGGACAGGCGUUGACUUUGUUAUACGAUAAAAUAAGUUCACUUACAGGAGAUGAAGAAUCUCAAAAGUUUAUGAUACAGUUAACGCAGCUGGCUGCUGUUCCUUAUAUGGAUAUUCUUCAACUUUGGGUGCAAAAAGGUGUUAUAAACGAUCCUCAACAAGAAUUUCUAGUUGAGGACAAUGAAGUUAUAAGAAGAGAAGAACUCCCUGAACAUUAUUCCGCAGAUUACUGGGAGAAGAGAUAUACGAUCCGUCGUGAGCGUAUUCCUCGUUUUUUGGAAAAAGUGUCAGACAUUAUUUUGCGCACUGGAAAAUAUCUAAAUGUUAUUCGUCAAUGUGGAAAAAAAGUAACUCCACCCCAAACAAUGAAUCUUCAGUUUUCUCCUGCGAAUCAAAACCAUAUAACCGUGAUUCAGAACGCCUAUCGCUUUGCUUCGAAAAAUCUCCUUGAAGUUCUUCUGAAAGAAAACGAUCUUAUGGGACAUCUUAUGUCUGUGAAGCGAUAUUUACUCCUGCAUCAGGGCGAUUUCAUAACACAGUUUAUGGAUGCUUGUGAAGAAGAACUAGCUAAAAAUGUCGAUCAGGUCUUGCCAAUGAAAUUGGAGAAUCUCUUAGGGCUAACGUUGCGUCUUUCUUCGGCAAAACAUGAUCCAUAUAAAGACGAUGUGCACUGUGAGCUUCUUACAUAUGAUUUGGUAACACAAAUGUCCAAAAUUAUCAAUAAUGAAGAAGAGUAUUGGCAGUCUCAUGAUAGGUUGGAUUUGGUAGGAUUGGAAUGCUUCGCGUUUAGAUAUGAGGUUAAAUGGCCUGUUUCGUUAGUUCUAAAUCAUAUUGCCAUUUCUAAGUAUCAAAUGCUUUUUCGCCAACUUUUUUAUUGUAAACACGUUGAGCGGCAAUUGUGCAAGGUUUGGAAAGAAAAUAGUACGGCAAAAAAGUUCUCACCUCAAGCUGCUGAACUUUACCGAUCUGCAUUCACUUUACGUCAGCGGAUGAUGAAUGCUGUUCAAAACUUGGAAUACUACAUGAUGAUUGAAGUCAUAGAACCCAAUUGGCAUAUUUUUAUUCAAAAUAUGGGAAAGGUGGAAAAUGUUGAUGAGGUCUUAGCUGUGCACCAAAACUUUCUUGAUUCAUGUCUGAAGAAUUGCAUGCUUACUGAUCCAACUCUAUUAAACCGUUCCAUUUUCAAACUUUGCAAUAUUUGCUUGAAAUUUUGUGAAUUCAUUCAAAAAUCACAACGACAUUUCCUUGAUGCUGAAUUAAAAUCGAUGGUUUGUGAUAGCAAUGAUGAGGAUAAUAAUUCUGAUUCGGAUGCAGAUUUUUCGAGUCAGAAACAGACGGAAUCUUCUCUUGCCCCAACUGAUACGUUUUCAGAAAGAGUAAAACGUUUUGAUUUGGAAUUUACGGGAUUGUUGAUUGGACUUCUAAAGCAAAUCAAUGACGUGGCGUCAGACAAUCCAUCGGAUCGUUUUAUCAACCUUGUCCAUCGAAUUAAUUUCAAUUCAUUUUAUAAUGAACAAAUGGAUAAGCUUUGUGCAAAAGAUUCUAUGACAACAACGCACAGGAAAACAAAUUAGCUAUCGAAUGUUUAUAAAAUAUCUACAUAUGUGAAAUUUGUUGUCCCUUUUAUUUUGAAUUUAAUUUAAUUAAAAUAAGUUUUAUUUUUGAAAUAAAUUUUCGAUUUCUAAACAUUAA